UUCUAAUUCCUAAUUCUGCUAAUUAUUGCUUAAAACUCAUUCUCUUCUUCAGCUCUUCUUGCGUUUCUACAAUUUUACCAAUUUCGUUAUCAAGUUUCUGCUAUCCUGAGGGAAACUUUGGCAGGAACCAGCUACUAGAUGGUUCGAUUAGCCUUUUGCUCCUAUACCCAAAUUUGUCGAUCAAUUUGCACGUCAGAACCGCUACGAGCUUCCAUCAGAGUUUCCUCGACUUCACCGUAUUCAGACAUAGUUUACCAUCUUUCGGGUCCUAGCAACCCAAUUAAAAAGUGUAACAAAAGCCUUAUAAUUUGAUAAAAGCUUUAAUUGAAGU